AUGGGGAAUGAGAAAUUCACUUGGGUGAUUAAGAAUUUCUCAUCUUUGGGAUCGAAGUCAGUUUCCUCUGAUGAAUUCGUGUUCGGUGGCUGCAAAUGGUUUCUUAUGGGGUAUCAAAAUGCUAAUUAUUUGGCUCUCUUUCUGGUUGUUGCUGGUUUCAAAACUUUGCAUGGUGGAUGGAAUAGACUCAUAAAUUAUCGCUUAACUGUUGUAAAUCAAGUCUCCGAGAAACUCUCCCAACAACGAGGACAAACACAGUGCUGGUUAGAUCGCAAAAAUUUUCUCCACGGAUAUCAAGAAAUGAUAUCCCUUACCAAACUUAAUGCCAAAGAAGGUGGAUUUCUUGUGAAAAAUGAAGUCAAGAUUGUUGCGGAGGUUUAUGUUCUUCAAGUUAUUGGCAAUUUAGAUGUUUUAGAGGGAUCUCAAGACGUAACUAAACCUCUGAAAAGGAUAAGGCUAAAUGAUGAUGGUGCAGCGUCUAGUCAUUUGCAAACCAUGGAUGUCAAUGGGUUUCAAGUGGAAUCUGUGAAACGUAUUUUCGAAAGCCACCCAGAAAUGGCAUUAAUGUUUCGAGCAAAGAACCAACAAUUGAGGACUUCAUGCAUAAAUGUCCUCCUCAACCUAAUCGAGACGAUGUGUGUGUCACUGCAAGACCUUUCCAUAUAUGACUUGGGCCAAGCAGAGCAAGCACUAACAUACCUGAAUAAUUCGGGAUUUAAGGUGGAAUGGUUGGAGCGUAAACUGGAGGAAGUAAAGGAAAAGAAGAUGGAAGAGCACAUUGGUAAGUCUCGGAUGCAAGAAUUAGAGAAUGACCUGAAGGUCUUCAAGCAGAAGUGCUCUGACAUAGAAGAUCUACUGGAGAAAGAGAAGGAAGAACUCAAGAACUUGAAGAAAAAGUGCUCGGACACAGAAGAUCUACUCGAGAAAGAGAAGACAAAGGUGUUGGCCGCCGCCAGAGCUCCUCCUCUAACGUUGAAUGAUUUUGUCUGA